AUGUCAGAAUCGAAAUCGACACUUGAUAUUCAACGCAACAUUUAUGAACAAUUGUAUUCUCAACAUCAAGCUACUAGACGAGAACAUCAAGACAGUCUCAUUAAACCGCUACAGGAUUUAAAUGAAGAAGUACAACAUUGUUUAGCCGCAGACAAGGGCACGUACGCAAAAGCGAAAGAAGAGUAUCAUCAAGACUUCAAUAUUUUCAAGCGUGCUUUUACCAGUGACGCUUCAGAACGCGAGGCAAAAUCGGUGACACCUGUUAAAGAAAUCUAUCAUGAACGAAAAGAUCUAGCUGGAAAAGUUCUCGAAUUACUCAAGGAAACAACCCAAGAAGCAAACCCUAUCGAAUCUCGAACGUAUUGGAAUGGUUCCAUUGCAGUUGUAUACAAUCCGAUAACUGGGCGUGCCGAAUGGAAACAAAACUGGCACGGUGGUAUUCACGGUGUGUUCAAUCCUUCGACUGGUACCGUUGAAUGGCAACAAGCAUUUCACACUGGUGUCUUUGGAGUGUUCAAUCCGAAGUCAAACAUGGUCGAAUGGAAACGGAAUUUCAAUGGCGGUGUACAUGGAGUCUAUAACCCUUCUACACAAGAAAUCGAAUGGAAAUCAGCGUUUCAUAGUGGUGUUGGCGGUGUGUAUAAUCCACUUACCCAUCAAGUAGAAUGGAAAACAGCAUUUAAUGGCGGUGUCGUUGGAUAUUUUGAUCACCAAACGCAACGGGUCGAAUGGAUAGAUCAAUGGCAUCAUGGAAUCGCGCUAAUCUUAUGGGAUCCAACUUCGAAAACCUAUUUAACAACUGCUAGUUGUGUUUGUAUCGGUGUAAUCAUGUCUGUCAUUAAUCACAAUAAAAAACUCCUCUUCUCAAACUUAUCCUACAAGACAACUGAACAAACGCUAACAAACUAUUUUUUAACGUACGGUUCAAUCGAAGACUUAGUUUUGUACAAAGAUGACCAAGAUCAAUCGUUACGUAAAGGUUUUCUUAUCUAUCAAGACACCGACUCUGUGAACAAGAUCAUGUCGAAACGACCUCAUUAUAUUGAUGAUAGACAAAUUCAUCUUCAACGACCCAUACCAAAUCAAUAUCGAACUAAUCUGCCGGAGCAAUUGGGAUUAAAUUUAACAGUUAAUGAAAUUUUUAUUAGUCGUCUGUGCUCGGGUGAGCAACGCGAGAUGUUAAUGGGCUAUUUUGAAAAAUUUGGAAAAAUAAUUGAUUGUCGAGUGUUUAAUUCACAUUCAAAAAAUUCCAAUCAAGCUGGCUAUGCAUUUCUACGCUUUCAGGAUUACGAUAGUGUUGAUCGGAUUAUUCUCUCAAGACCACAUGUGAUUCAUUCGAGAUUUUACAAUAUUAGAAAAUGUAUACCCAGAGAGUAUAACUUUAUCAUAUCGUCAACGAAACCUAUUAGUCAGAAUAAACCCGCAUGGCGUCACUUCGCAUUUGGUUUGAUUAACACUAAAACACAGGAAAUCACUUAUCCAUCGCUACCUUCUGUUCAACAUGAAAGACGCCAAUCUCCAGCGAACGAUUUCACACUGGUUGAUCCACCACCAUCUACAGCAGCAUUAACUGUUUCGGUAGACCGAACAGAAUUGAAGAAGAGUGCUACAAAUGAUUUUGAAUUGAUCACAAAUCAUUCUCUAUCAUCUAGCAGUAUAUCAAUUGUAAAUUCGGACGAUGAUUUCACGCCCUUAGCAUCGCCUCUCUACUCAACAGCGAUCGCUUACUCACCCUCAAUAUUCGAUCACGAGGAUCGAAAAAAUUACGAGUUAGUCUAA